AAGAAGAUGGAAGUCGCGAAUUUGGCAAAUCUUAUAGUUGUCCUGCCUAUGGUAUUAGCCGGAUUAAUGCCGGAUGUGGUUAUUGACAUAUGCGGGAGAGCACUGUCUUUCUGGAACUACCAAACUCUGCAAGAUCGGGCAUAUCAGGAAGCUAUGGUAACCUCAUAUAAGCAGAAGAUUAAUGAAAUGCGGCAAGAAUACGAAACGGCAUAUACCAACGCCGUUAACGAAAUUAAUCGCCUUCAGCUUAAAACUGAAACCCUUCAAAAGGAAAACAGAGAAUGGGAAUUACGUUAUAGAGAGACUUCUGAAAAUAACGAAGAAAAAAGUCGUAAGAUUAUACAACUUCAAAACAUGUGCAGCAGCCUGAAGUCGUAUAAUUCUACUCCAUCAAGCCAACUAAAAGGAAAUACAAAUCUUUUGCAAUCAUCUAUAGAAGGCACGAUCCCUCCUCAACCCUUUUCUUUUGGCGGGAGAACGGUAAAACCUCCUAAAGAGUGGCUUCUUAAUAGCCCUUUUAAAGAAAAUCUACCAGUAACCCUCGAUUUACAUCGCCAUCAUUUUCAGAGACCAGCUUCGACAAAAAGUACAACUCCCGGGAAACCUAAUCUUAUUGGUUUUAAGCCGUUAAGCACAACGCCCCUUCAACCAAUCGCUAAUAAUCAGAAGUCGGCCCAGCAGUGCACCUCACAACCACAAAGUUCUUCUUUUCGUACUCCAAUUGUGUUGCCUAAAAGACCGAAAACACCAGGAAAAGGGCCGAAUCCUAAUCUUUCCUUUUCACAAGCACUUGAUAUGAGAAGAGCGAGACGUUUAUAUGAAUAA